UCUAAAACCCUAGCAGCCCUAGGGUUUCUCCGCCUCCACCCCGCCUCCUCUCUCCUUUCCUCUCCUCCGAUGGGCAAGUCAAGCAAGAAGGCGGCGGCCGCGGUGGCGGCGCCGGCUGCGGUGCCCAAGGGGAAGGGCGGGAAGAAGCGGGAGGCGGAGGACGAGAUCGAGAAGGUGGUGAGCGCCAAGAAGCAGAAGGCGGCGCCGCCGGCGAAGGCCGUGCCGCCGCUGAAGGAGGACGGCAAGAAGGCGAAGAAGCAGCCGCCGCCCAAGAAGGCCGAGAGCAGCAGCAGCUCUGAGGACUCGUCCGAGUCCGAGGAGGAGGUUAAGGUACAAUCCAAGAAGGCUGCCAAACCUGUUAAACAAGAGACUAGUGAUGACAGCAGCGAUGAGACCUCUGAAUCUGAUGAGGAACCUGCAAAGAAGCCUGCUCCUAAACUCCCGGCGCCGGUUGCCAAGAAUGGUUCCAAGAAAGUCGAGCAAGAGAGCAGCAACUCUGAGGGCAGUUCUGAGGAUGAGUCAGAUGAUGAUGAUGAAGUAGCUCCCAAGUCUAAGGGCCCUGUUGUGGCUUCCAAAAAGGAAGAUUCCAGUGAAAGUUCUGAGUCAGAGAGUGAUUCUGAGGAUGAGGAUAAAACUGUGAAAGCAGCUCAGCCUGCCAAGAGAACUGCUUCUGCUGCUGCUUCUAAAGGGAAAGAUGAAUCCAGUGAUACCUCAGAUAGUGAUGAGAGUGAUGAAGAACCUCCCCAAAAGAAGCAGAAGGAUGCAGCACCUUCCGCAGCUGUGAAAGCUGCUACUGCAAAAAAGGAAAGCAACAGCGAUGAUGAGGAUGACAGUUCUGAUGAAGAGAGUGAUGAAGACAGUGACGAGGAGGAUGAAGAGCCUGCUAAAACGCCAAAGAAGGAAGCUCCUGCGCGCACCUCUGAAAAGCAAACUGCCACCAAAGAACCUAAAACACCUGUGAGCACACAAAGUCAAGCAACAGGAUCAAAGACCCUUUUUAUGGGAAACCUUUCCUUUGAUGCUGACUUUGACCAAGUCAAAGAAUUUUUUCAGGAGGCUGGUGAGGUUAUUGAUGUUCGUUUUGCUACCCGUGAUGAUGGUGCUCCUAAAGGUUUUGGUCAUGUUGAAUUUGCUUCGGUUGAAGCUGCCAAGAAGGCACUUGAGAUGAAUGGUAAAGAGCUGAUGGGCCGUUCUGUAAGACUUGACUUAGCUCAGGAAAGAGGUGCAUACACUCCUCGCAGUGGCAACGACACUGGAUCUUUCCAGAAGCCUAGGGGCUCCGGCAACUCUGUAUUUAUCAAGGGUUUUGAUUCAUCUCUUUCAGAGGACAAGAUCCGAAGCUCUCUUGAGCAACAUUUUGCUGAAUGUGGCGAGAUAACAAGGGUCUCAAUUCCGAUGGAUCAUGAAAGUGGUGCAAGCAAAGGAAUAGCAUAUGUGGAUUUCAAGGACCAGGACUCUUUGUCGAAAGCACUUGAGCUAAGUGGUUCUGACCUUGGUGGCUGCAACUUGUAUGUUGAUGAAGCAAAGCCUAGAGGGGAUAGCCGCAGUGGUGGUGGUAGAUCCGGCGGUCGAUCUGGUGGCAGAUUCGGUGAUCGAUCUGGUGGUCGAUUCGGUGGCCGAUCUGGUGGUCGUUUCGGUGGCAGGGAUGGCGGUGGCCGAUCUGGUGGUCGAUUUGGUGGCAGGGAUGGUGGUGGUGGCAGAUUCGGUGGACGAAGCGGUGGUAGGGGUGGUCGCGGAUUUCCUAACAGGCAGGGUGCUGGCGCAGCUAGUGCAGGGAAGAAGACAACAUUUGGCGAUGAUUGAGGCAACACAUUUUGAAUCAUGUUUUGUCGACGCAGCAGUGAAAUGAAAAUGACCUGUUGCAUCUCAAGUUGAACUUUUAAGAAAUUUUUGCUUACCUUUUCGUGUUAAACCUGUACUCUAUGUAAUGGCUGUGCCUGUGCACAAAUGACGAUUAUAUUUUGUUGGCAAUUUCAAUUUCGGUUAUUUCC